GUGAACACAAGCUCCACCACACCAGUAUCUCAAAUAAAAUAAUAUGGCCAAGUUUUUAGUUUUAUUAAUUUUUACUUUCUGUCUGGCGUUGCAGCUUGUCAAAGCAUUUCCGCAAAAUGUCGCAGAGCCGGAGCAGUCUACAGAUCUCGAGGUGAACAAGGAUUUCGGAACGGAGUUGGCUAAAAGCACAACAACAACAGUACCGGCCACAACUGAUGCUGUCACAGAUGAAAGCACUGAUUCUAAACAAGAAAGCGAUUCCGAUUCUACUGAAGAUUUUUCAUAUCCUCCAUUAAAGUAUUACAUAAUAAAAAAUCGCCUAACGCUCUUCACACUUAAAGUUGUACAAAAUCACCUAAAUACUAUUCUAACUGUAGGUCACGAAUAUACCACCGCCUCAUUGAAGGCCCUGAAUGAAAUGCCUAAUAAGACGUCGGAUAUAAAAGCGAACAUAACGCAUCUGAAUGAUUUAUUGGCACGCUUGGAGGGGCUAGAUUUGGCGAAAAAUAAUUUUGAUGGGUUUCUUGACAAAAUUGGUCUCAUAAAUGGCUUAAAAUAAUUAUAUCAAAAUUUUACAGAACUCAGGCGUUUUGAUGAUGAUGUGCUGAGCGAAUUAUAUAUGACACUCGGUUUAAGAAUCGAAGCUUCAUUGAAGGAGACCAUUGAGAAAUUAAACGUAAUUUUUCACAAUUUCUUCGGUGCAUUGGAUGAGGAAGAGAAGCAGAGAUUUUCAGAACAAGUUGAAGCUUAUGAUAAAUAUAUAUCGCGUGAUACGGAUUUAGCUAAAUUCAGUGAUGCGGUGUUCUUGCUGUUAAACAAUCCCAUUUGGUAAAUUUAAAUGAAAAAAUAGUUAUAUUGUUUUCAAAAGAAGUUUUUUAUAUUGAUGUUGACCUUUUUAAAUAAUAGCACCUUAUUAUGAACACAUAUCUCAUAAAAACCCUUCUUUUCUGCUAAUAUUUUUCCCAAAUAUUUUUCCCAAACUGACAACGAUCGUUUGACGAAGAAUUUAUUACAUGUUGUUAUUUCUUUUGUUUUAGAUGCCUAUUUUUCUAUUUGAAAAGAGUUCAGAAAGGUCUGCGAAAAUAUUAUUCUUCGCCAUAAUCAAGAAAAAGCUCUGAAUUAUUACUAUUUUUUGGAGAUUUGAAAGAAAUAAUUUGGUUUUAAUAUCUUGACUGCUCCUGAUGUGUUUCAAAGAGAUCAGUCAGCAGAGACGAAAUAAAAAAUAUUAUUGUAUUCUUACCUUUCACGAUAAUUUACCUCUUCGUCAGAACAUUUUAGUGCUUUAGUUUUUUUUAAUGUGUAAUUUAUUUACCGGCACUAAUAAUUGUUCGAGCUUGCCUCUUUUCCAUGGUUUAGCAAUACAAAUUAUAUAAAAAUACUUGGAGACACGUAACAAACAAAUGAAAUCUAUUUAA